UUCAGUUACUGUGUUGCCUGGGAGAACAAUAAACCGUGUCGGUUUUUGGCGCUAAGAGGAAAUUCUAAAUCUCUUGGCCCACUGAAAGGAACCCAGUAGUUAUUUUAACCUUUGUGCAAAUAUGGACUACUUGUUACACUGUAGCCUCUUAGGUGGGACUUAAUAGCCAUUUCAAUAGCAUCAACCUGUGACCUAUGGCAAAUCCGGAAAGAAAUAAGAGGAUCUUGCUUGAUUUGAUGAAACAGCCAGGAAAUCACUUGUGUGCUGAUUGCGGAGCCCCAGAUCCGGACUGGGCCUCAUACGUCCUUGGUAUUUUCGUGUGUCUGAACUGUUCUGGAACACACCGGGACUUACCGGCUGUCAGCAGAGUCAAGUCCAUACGCCUGGAUUACUGGGAAGACUCUCUUGUUGAGUUCAUGAGAGAAAAGGGCAACACUUCCUCCAAUUCUGUGUUUGAGAAAUGCAUCCCUGCUUUUUUCUAUCAGCCACAACAGAAAGAUUGUGUUGUUCUUAGGGAUCAAUGGAUCCGUGCAAAAUACGAGAGAAGAGAAUUCACAGGGGAAAACGUUCGGCGUGACUAUAACUCAGACAUAUUGGAGGCAGCUCUAUGGAAGAAGGGCAAGAACAAAAAGGCGUUUCUCAAGAGGACCUUCCUGCUCUGCCAGAGAGAGUUCACACUCAGAUACUUUGUCAGAGAAGACUCCAAGGUUCCCAAACGUGUGAUCUACAUGAAGGACCUGAACGCAGUUUUCCAGCCCGAGAAGAUGGGCCACGCUCACGGCCUGCAGAUCUCCUACCAGCAGGAGGAACGCACCAGGAAUUUGUUUGUUUACCAUGAGAGUGGACAGGUAAUUGUUUCCUGGUUCAAUGCUAUUCGGGCGACUAAGUUGGCAUACCUCAAGAGGAAACACCCAGCUGCUCAAGACAAUGUGUUAAUACCUCUGAUUAGCAGGUGCUGCGUGAAAGAAGGCUACAUGGAAAAAACAGGUCCCUUGCAGUGGGAGCCAUUCAAGAAGAGGUGGUUCACAUUAAGUUUACAAGACAGAAAGCUUCUGUACUUUAAAACUCCAAUGGAUGCCACCGAGCUGGGGGCCGUCUUCCUCGGGACGGAGAGCCAUGGCUACUCGGUCGACGGGCAGAGCCCGGCGGGGAGGCGCCAGGGCAAGUGGAACUGGGGCAUCGCCAUGACGACCCCUGGGAGGCAGUUCAUCUUCAUGUGUGAACAAGAGCAGGAACAGGGGGAGUGGCUAGAGGCCCUCCGAGAGGUCAUCUCCACACCCAUGACUCUACAGGACUACUCCAAUGAAGCAAAUUGGAGGAGAAGAAGGAAGUGACACACAGCAGCAGGAAGUGGGACUCGAUUGGUCGGUUUACAGAAGAGAGCGUAAAGGGUGGCCCCUGGGCAUAGGUCAUAAAGGCUGUCACCUUGGGUGCCCUUCAUCCUUUUUACUGUUUUUCAUUGUAAAUGAUAACAAUUAUAAUUACACUAAUUUAUAUUUUAAUCACUUUGACAAUUAGUUUGAUGCGUCACCAUUUUUGUGUUGUUCAAAGAGCCAUAUUGUCGAGUGAUUCUGUGCUGUUAAUCUGUGGUUCCAUUAUAGCCCUGCUAGUUUUUGUUUCUAUCAUGGUUGAGCCUUAUGUCAUUUUGGUUAUGAGGAUUUGCUAUUGGCUGUUCACUUGUAUGUGUGCUUCGGUGCAUUAUUUUACAUUUACCUAGGGUUAGUUAUUUGCCUUUCAGUAAAUUGAGGCUCAAACCACUGACUUGUAUUAUUGGCAAGGAGCAGCCCGCUAGGUAAGCUGGCCUGCGGUAAGUUUAAUAUGGGCCCUUAAGGACCUUAGUCCUGGGGCCCAUUACGCGUUAACGCUCCCCCUGACUGUUGGUAUUGAGCUCUGGAGACUUGGGUUCAGGUCCAGCUGGGCUGGUCUCAAUGGAAACCUUCUAUUUGUAAGUAGGAAACGUAACAACGUCAUGUGAAAUGUAAUGUCAAUCAUAAGCUCCGACCAAAUCAGUGCUAGUGUCUCAGGGGAGAGAGCUGUGGGAUAUCAGCUGGAUUCCUAUCCCGCCAUUGGUGAUCUCCAUGGGGGUAAGGAGCAAUUUUUAUUUAUUUUAUUAUUUUUUUUGGCUCUAGGGGGCCCCCUAGCAGUGGCCCGGGGCCCCAAGCAAUUGCGGGGCCCCAGGCAAUUGCCUGGUAUGCCUAAUGGGAUGCAGCGCCUCUGAACCUAAUGCAAUCCUGUCAUUUUGGAUUGCCUAAUUUGUGACUACAUUUAUGAGUAAAACCAUUAAUUGUA